GCGACAUAUACGACCGAGAUGACAACCACAACCACAUCCAGAACUUCUCAAUCCAAUCACCAGUCCACAACCUUUAUCAAAUGAUUCUCUUUCCCCAAAACUCUGGCGAUGGAGCAUCAAUUGUCAGUUGAUGCACAAAAGCAUCUCGAUCGCUUCUGUUGUCAGUACCUCCAAUUUUACCUCUACCUCGACUACCCGGAUGAUCAAUACCUCAGAAAUGAAGCAUUUCAGGAAACCAUAUACAACACACUCUUCAAAGAAGGCUCACUUCCACACCCACCACCCUUGAUAUACCAGGUUCGCGUGCUCAAAGAACUCUUAAGGAGAAUCGAAGCGAGCAUCCAAAACUGGGACGAAGAAGUAUGAUUUCAAUGCCUCCCCAUCUAUAUAUAUUCACGUUCUCAGAAUCUCCUGUCUAAUGCCCAUGGCAAGUAUAAUUCAGUUCUGACUUCAUGUCAAUCUCAGGGGUUAUCUGAUAAUCUGUACAAUGCAUUUUCUGUCCUCAUCACCUCGUCUAUUCCUUCUGAAGUUACUGCGGUACAGCAAAAAUCCUAUGUGACAUACUCUCUGUCAUCUUUGUCCUCUCAGAGUCCAGCCACAAUCACGCUCCAUGAAGCGAGAAACCUGCUGUCGGGAUCUGGUACAACGGGGAGUCGUACGUGGGAAGCAGCCCUACACUUUGGUAAUUACCUCAUCAACAAUCCGUCUCUCGUUAAUGGAAAGUCUAUUCUGGAGCUUGGUGCUGGCACUGGGUAUCUUUCUAUCCUCUGCGCAAAGCAUCUAAAUGCGGCAAAAGUCCUUGCUACGGAUGGUUCAGAAGAAGUAGUCGAGACUUUACAAACCAACAUCUACCUCAAUGACCUCCAAGAAAAGUCCCUCAUUCAGGGCAAAGAGCUCAAAUGGGGUCAUGCUCCUUUGGGUGGAGAAGAACAAGCUUGGAAUGGUGGUCAGAAGAUAGACGUCGUUCUUGGUGCCGAUUUGACUUACGAGGCAAGCGGGAUUCCAGCCCUUCUUGCCACCUUAGGGGAUCUCAUGGACAUGUAUUCGGGCAUCAAAAUCAUCAUCGCUCCCACGGUACGAAACCAGGAGACUUUUGAAGUGUUUUUAAAGACUUGUAAAGCGUACAAGUACUUAGCCGAAGAAAUUGAGUUUCCUCUGGUUGCGGCCCAAUUGCAAGAGGGACCAUUUUACGAUGACAAUAUUCCAAUCAAGCUAUUUUCUAUUUCAAAGAACUGAGAGAAUUUCGAUUGUAUCAUAUUAGGCAGCGGGUGAUUGCUUUAUCUGCAUCGUGGCUCUUUUCUCGGCGGCUUGUUGGUGAAGGAGGAACACCUCCAAAUAGGCGUCAACAGGAGUCAUGCAACUCCCAUAAUACAUUAACUUUCUACCAACCCAGG